AUGAGUUACAUGAGUGAUAUAUCAUUGUUAUAUGUUAAUGAGACCUGCGAUGAAUGUUAUGGUGAAGCAGAUCACAUCCACUUAAGUUCCGUAAUUGUUGUGGAACUGAAUCUUGCUGUGAAGACUUCAAAAUCUCAUCAACAAAUAAUUUUUCAAGCUGGAAUAAUAUGUCAACAUUUUCUGGCUCAAGAGAGGGUUGUUGGUGCUGUGGGCGUCUAG